AUGGUUCCCUUGGCCUUGGCUUCUCUUGCCGCCCUGAUCCUGACGGCCGGCGCGGCUGUGCCAGACCCCGCCGGGGCGAGAAACGUCGGCAACGGCCAGGGCCGGCAGUUCAUCACGGGGCAGUGCCUCAGCAACACCGACUGCGCGUCCGGAUGCUGCGCGCAGCUGAACGGGGGACCGGGCGUGUGCUCGGGGGUUGGGGCGCAGUUCCAGGCCGGCAAGACGGGGUGCGGCUUCGCGGGGGGCGGCGGCAACGGGACAAGCACCGGCACGGCAGGCGAGGCGGGCAAGACGGGCAAGACGGGCAAGGCGGGCAAGGCGGGCAAGGCGGACGAGGUAAAGGCCGGGGGCAAGGGCGGCGGCAGCAAGGGCGGCAAGGUCAACAACGUUGGCUGCAACGCGCAUCAGGGUGGGAGCGGGAAAGGGGAAAAGACAAGGGGAAAAGGAAAAGGAAAGGGAAAGGGAAAGGAAAAGGGAAAGGAAAAGGGAAAGGAAAAGGGAAAGGAAAAGGGAAAGGCAGAGGCAAAGGCCAAGCAGGCGGAGCAGGCGGCUCGCAACGCCACCCAGAGUCAGCUGGCUGGCACUGGCAAUGGCAAUGGCAAUGGCAAUGGGACUGGCACUGGCCGUCUGACGGGCUCCUAUGCCUAG